ACAGAUGACCAAACAGCCCUCCUUAGUAAGCCAAAGAAUAAAGGAGGAAACGGUGAUCUGGCAUCAGCUGGAUUUAACAUUAUCAAUUCAAUCAUAGGAUCAGGCAUUAUAGGAUUGCCCUAUUCAAUGAAGGAAGCUGGGUUUCCACUAGGAGUACUGCUUUUAUUUGUGGUUGCCUAUAUCACAGAUUAUUCCAUUAUAUUACUGAUCAAAGGAGGAAACCUCUCCAGUACCAGCACGUAUCAAGAGCUGGUCAGAAAAACAUAUGGUCUUGUAGGUUAUCUAAUUCUUUCAACUCUUCAGUUUUUAUAUCCAUUUAUUGCUAUGAUCAGUUACAACAUAAUAACAGGAGACACUUUGACUAAAGUUUUUCAGAGAAUUCCUGGAGUUGGGCUGGAUAAUGUGCUUACUGACCGUCACUUCAUCAUUCUUCUUACCACCAUCAUCUUUACCUUACCUAUAUCUUUAUAUCGAGACAUAGCAAAAUUGGGAAAGAUCUCUCUCAUUUCUCUGAUUUUAACCAUUGUCAUCCUGAUUAUUGUGAUGGUGAGAACAGUAACCUUCGGUCCACAAGUACCCAAAUCAGAGAAUGCAUGGGUAUUUGCAAAAUCAAAUGCAGUACAAGCCAUUGGGGUGAUGUCAUUUGCGUUCAUCUGCAACCAUAACAGCUUUUUAAUAUAUGGGUCUUUGGAAGAACCCACAUUAAAGAACUGGUCUCGAGUCACACAUGUGUCUGUGUCACUCGCUGUUGUAAUCAGUGUAGUGUUCUCUGCAUGUGGAUAUAUGACUUUUACAGGAUACACAGAAGGAGAUAUAUUUGAAAACUACUGUAGAGAUGACAACCUUGCUACAUUUGGAAGGUUUUGUUAUGGAGUUACUGUAAUUCUGACCUUCCCCCUUGAAUGUUUUGUGACCAGAGAGGUGAUUGCGAAUGUGUUUUUCCAUGGGAACCUCUCAACAGUUUUCCAUAUUGUUGUGACAGUGGUUAUUAUUGCUGUGGCGACUGGUGUGUCAUUAGUGUAUGAUUGCCUUGGAAUAGUUUUAGAGCUAAAUGGAGUUCUGAGUGCUACCCCACUUGUUUUUAUCAUCCCAACAGCGUGUUAUCUCAGGCUGUCCAAAGAGCGAUGGAACCACUCAGAUAACCUCAUAUCCUGCCUGAUUCUUGCUGUCGGUGUGCUAGUGAUGACAGUUGGGUUUGUUUUGACCGUACUGCAUCCCCAGGAAUGUAGCCAUGGAAAAGAAAUGUUCUACUGCUUUCCUAGUAAUGUUUCUUUUCACAACAGUACACUUCCACCAUAG